AAUGAAUAGAAAAUAUUACGUAAGUCACGAAGAACUAGUCGAUUCUUACUCAGAUGAACUUGUUAAAAUGGCUAGAUGUAACAAAAGAUCUGUAAAUAGCAAUCCAGAACCCAGAAUAAAAUUACACUUUAAGAGAACUAUACCAAGAAGUGUUUCAUCUAAUUUAUUCAGUCAGAAAGUAUUUAUCGGUGGAGCUCCUCCACACAUGACCGACUUAGAUAUUAAUGAAGCAUUCUCAAAGUAUGGCAACUUUAAAGUUGAAAAGAAGAAAGCUACAGAUGUUAACAAUUUCUUCUACCUUAUAUAUGAAUCCAGUGCCUGUGUAAAGAAUUUACUCAAUUCUUGCGCUAAAAAUACAGUCGGCGAGUAUUUUACAUCUUUAGGUAGCCAAACAGUGCAAGUCAUUCCUUGGGAAAUUAAUAAUUCUCAUUUUGUGCCAACGAAUAAUCAAACUCUUCUCGACAACAAAAAAGUAAUUUUUGUCGGAGGUCUGCACGGAAAAAUGACAGCCAAGUUUCUAGCAGACAUAUUUAGCGGUUUUGGACAAAUUGUUAUGGUUACGAUAGAUGUUGACAAGUUCAAGUACCCAAUUGGAUCGGGAAGAGUGGCCUUUGCCGACAACGACGGCUAUCGCAGAGCUAUUGCCGAAGAGUUUGUUGAUGUUCAAACUCCCGAGUUUAAAAAAACUAUUCAAAUUACUCCCCAACUUGAAGAUUCUAUGUGCACUUUUUGUCAAGAGCGAGCAGGGCCCUUCUUUUGUAAAAAUUUCGCUUGUUAUCGCUACUUUUGUACACUCUGCUGGAAGAUAAGACAUUCGGAGAAAGGAUUUGAUCAGCAUCAACCAUUAAUGAGAAAUAGCAAGCAUAAACCAAAACUUGGUCCAUCUGUUCAAGAUCAAACUUUGUACACGGCUCAUAAAACGGUAAUGUCUCAGUACAUCUGCAAAUUUGAUGAUGAAACAGCAAAGAAAGCUGAGAAAGAAUUAAAUGAAACACCAACUGUCAGAAAGGAAUCGAUUGAGAAUCUAAGAGCUAAAUUGAAAAGAAAUAAUCUACUCGUAUGUCCUGUUGAGGAUGAUAAGUAUCUUUUGAAAUUUCUGAGACGAAGUAAAUUUGACGUAGAAAAAGCUGAAUAUCUUUUAACGAAUUACUUCAGAAUUAAAUCGGAACAUCCGAAAUUCUGUAGUAACAUCUUACCGUCAGCAAUUGAAAUAUUUCUUCAACAAAAAGUUUCUUGUAUAUUACCUGGCCGUACUGAAGAUGGCUGUGCUGUUUAUAUGCUAAGACCAGGUAACUGGAAUCCCGAUUUAACGGAUCUUUCCUAUAUGUACAAGUUACACAUUCUGAACCUCGAAUGGCUUUUGGCAAACUACGAGGAAGUUCAAGUACACGGGAUUCACGUUAUUGCUGACCUUGAACAGGUGGGAUGGAGUCAAGUUCGAAAUUUCAGUAAGGAAUAUGCUCUAUUAAUGACCAGCUUAUAUCAAGAUGCUUUUCCUCUAAGAAUGAAAGGUUUCCAUUUUGUUGCUGAACCGAAAGUUUUCUCUUAUCUCUUUGCUAUAAUUAAACCGUUUUUGAAAUCCAAAUUCCUAUCGCGAAUUGUUACUCACGGCUAUAAUCUGGAAUCUCUUCAUUCUCACAUUAGAAAAGAGAUCCUACCUGCACACUUGGAAGGAUUCGCUGGUACAUGGGAGGAUAUAUAUGAUAAUCAUGUAAAAAUUUUAAGAGAAAAUGAGCAAUUUUAUUCUGAAAUUGGUAACUAUAAAUUGCAUCAGAGUACCGCUGUUGGAAAUACUGGAAAGAGCACCGAACAGGUCGGUGACGGAAGAGCGGGAGUAUCUGGAACCUUUCAAAAGCUUAACGUAGAUUAG